AUGUCUUUUAGUAACUAUGGUAUCUAUGGUGAUGGUAACUAUGGUUACGGUGGUAACUAUGACUACAGUGGUAACGGCGGUAACGGUGGUAACGGCGGUAACGGUGGUAACGGCGGUAACGGCUGCGGUAGUUAUGAGGAUUAUGGUUGA